AUGAGUGAGAGAUUCACACAAGUCUUCAAGAUGAAAUUCCAGGUUUUCCAUCUUUCCUCUCUUAAAACCACAGUCGUCGUCUUGUUGAUGUUACUUGUGCAGCCUCCCGAAGGACUGAUGCUUCCACACCAUCCCAUGGUUUACCUCCCUAUGCUGGACAACCCCGAGUGGGAAGCUGAGAUGCUCCAGCUCCAGGCGUCACUGGGAGCUCCAGCAGCUGAGCUCCAUCCCUGGGAUCUGGUUCAGGAGCCUGAGGAGCUUUUGGGAAGGAUGAGGCCAGAACUGGCCUGGGGACAGAUGGGGAAGAGCCAGAAGCGAGAGGAGCUCGGACGGAGACCCAUGGGCAUGUUCCCAGACAACCAUAUAGAGGCCGUGCCUUAUCCUGAGGGGGGAGAGGUGGAAGAAGAGGGCGGAGAAAAACUGAAUGAGGCCCUCACGUCCAUCGCGGGAGGUUUGCAGGCUUUUAAUAGACAGAAAGGAGGUUUUGGCUUUCGAUUUGGCAGAAAAUGAUGAGAAAGUUGUGUGUUAUGUAGGUUGGGGACAAAUUUUGUUUACAGAGGUUAGCUCUACAAAACCUCUCUUUAUGGACAGUUUGUUAAUAAAUGAUUGGAGAUUUUUGUUGUUUAUUGUAAAUACAGAAAAGGUUUGGUUUAAUGAGAUGGUAAUGGGUUAAUGUUCAUUCAUACACAUCAAAAUAAGAACCAUGGCAUCUCUGUGAAAAACCUUUGGUAGCACCUUUAUUUUUAAGAGCGUAAUUAUGAAAUUAUUAUUUUUUUUAUUACAGGAUGUUUAUGGUACGUUCUUAAGCUAAGCAAAGGUUUGUGUGUUUGUGGAGAUUAUGGGGGAACUACACAACAAUUGCAACACAAUUUUAAUAGAAAUAGAAACGCAAGAAACUGUUUGAGGAAAAAUGAUAUUGUGCUGACCAAAUGAUAUUUUGCACUUUUGUUUCUUCAAAUAGGAAACCGCUAUGUAAAUUUAAUCAACAGCAAAGUUCAGUACAAUCACAGAUUGUUAUUUAUGAUCUAUUGCUGUAAUGAUAUCAUCUGUUUGCCAUUCAUUAAAAGUUGUUAAUGAAUAGUUGUCUGUCUUCAUUUAAUUAUCAUCAGAAUAUAAUGAACAGAAUGUGUCAGCUCAUAUUGUAAGAAAUACAGAACCGAGAAAACUCAUUUCCUCUUGAUUUUAAAGCAAAGUUCAAACAAGGUGCACGUGCAAUCUGGUUAGAUGUUUUGUAAAUAUAAUGCCAUAUGUGUUACUAUAUUUGUAUAUAAUUCAUGUAUAAUGGUGAAUAUACCCGAAUAACCAUGUUAGUUCUGAGUGGUUGUUUGGGGGGGUUAACAGACCUUGGAAUGUCACACCUAGCCAAUACAGUAUUCCAGCAUGCCCUGUAAUAACAAUGUUGUAAUAAUAUCUCCACAACACUGUGAAAAUUCGUAUUCAAAAUGAUAAACACAUUUGUUGUAAUAAGAGGUUUUUGUGUCGUAUUAAAAAAUAUUAUCACAACCUUUUCCCAAUAAUUUUACCAUGUUUUCUGUUCGCUGAGAAGUGUAAAUUUAUGAGAUAACGAGCAUUUUGAUUUCAGUCAUUAAUUUAUAAUAUAGACCUAUAUAAGAGCGAAACUAAAGAUGUACGUGCUGGACCAACAAAUGGCAAUAACAAGGAGUUCGUGCAAAAGCUAAAAGUGAAAC